ACUGCUUCUCACAACUCUGUUCUUCACUUUCCUUCCGAAUCUUCUCUCACGCGAACAAGGCCCUAACCCCUAACUUCCUUUCAGAGACCCUCUCUUUCUGAGCCAUGGACAUCGACAUAACAGUAAUUCCCGCCGGCGAGGGAUCAGGCACCGCUGGUCCGUUGUUCUCCGUCUCUCCUUCGUCUUCUUCAUCCAAGAAAAUCAAGCGUUUUGAAACCAAGAAGUGGAACGCCGUCGCCCUCUGGGCUUGGGAUAUGGUUGUGGAUACCUGCGCUAUUUGCAGGAACCACAUCAUGGAACAUUGCAUUGAAUGCCAAGCUAAUCAAGGUAGUGCAGCUAGCAACGAGUGUACUGUUGCUUGGGGCGUAUGCAACCAUGCCUUCCACUUCCACUGCAUAAGCAGGUGGCUCAAAACCCGCCAUGUUUGUCCAUUGGAUAACAGUGAGUGGGAUUUUCAGAAAUACGGUCACUAGAACCUGUGGCAGCAAUCAGGGACCUUCAAAUACCUCAUGUUCAUUUUUCUUUUGAACCGGCCACUUGGAGGUGGAGAAGCUGGAGCCGCAUAUGUCUAUCCUUCUAUUUUCUACUUCAUUACAGCGUUUCUUAGUUUCUGAACAGCAUUUUGGAUGUGAACCAGUUUGUAUUAUGAUGAUUGAGUUUGGUUCUUUCCACUUUGAUUUCAUAUAGAAGCUUAUUCAAUUUUCAAUGUCUCUUUCCAUUUU